AUGGCACCCCCACGGUCGAGUGGGCCUUCAACGUCCACUCGACCUGCACGCCGCAGCCGGACCCAGGUCGACAGCUAUCAUGAAUCGACCUCCGACGAUGAUCUGCACGCACAAGACAGACCAACAGUGUCUCUUCGGUCCAGCUCGAAUGCGCAGCGCCCUUCCUAUCGCGAGCCGUCGGAUAAUGAAUCGGACGAUGAACCUGCUGCCGAGCCAGACGAAGAUCAAGGCGAAGAUCCAGAACGCCAAACGAAUCCUCCGGCCUCGGCUCGCGGUAGUCGUCGUUCCACUCGACAUAGGCGCCCGAAUUCAAUUAAAACAACCCGGACUCGCUCCUCAAAUACGACUGGCCAUGGGAUGCCUUCUAUUGGCACCAAGCGACGCCCGCGCGAGCGGCCAAAGGAGAAGAACUCGCUUUCGAAUAAGCGAGCCAAAUACUACUCGGAGCUCCUCGAUGAUGUUUCUCGAUUUAUUCCACCUUGGCAAAAGUUGCCCUAUCAUAUACUUUUCGAAAUUCUCCUCCAGGCGACCUACCCAGCCCCCAACGAAAAGUGGGAGGCACGAAGUGAUAUGGCCAGAUGGCUUGUCAAUCUCGCUUGUCUAUGUCGGGAAUUCCAAGAACCAGCCCUGGCAGCACUUUACUACUGCCCACCGCUAUUUCCAUCCUACAAGUGUCAUGCUCUUGUAAAACUACUCUCCACCCCACGGGACUCUCGUUUGAUAAAUUACGCCGGCAAGAUCAAAGAACUUCAUGUCGAUGUCGAUGUUCUUCGCUUCAAAAGUGGACCAAUACUGGGCUAUUUCGAUCUCGCUCAGCUGAUUCAAAAAAUCCCCCAAGUGCAUGCAGUGCGACUCUAUCACCAAGACGAUUUUAUCCUUGGCCACCAGCCGGCAGAUAUUCCCCAGUCGAAAUGGAUCUACUCAGAAAAUCUAUUCGAAGUUAUGGACUCCACCGGUGUUCGACUUCGUGCCUGGGACUGGAACUCCCGUUUCUUGAAUCUCACCGACCUUCUCCCCUUCAUGGACAAGCAACAUCGGCGACCCGCUUUCCAGAAGUUGAAGGAAGUCAAACUGCUUCAUCUUGGUGAUCGCAACCAUAAAGAUACAUUCGAUAACGAAGACGCCCUGGCUGUUUCACUCAACGCACUACCAGAUCUUGAACGAUUAGAAUUAGUGGAAUGCACCUUGCCCACGGAUCGACUCUUGCUCCAGCUGCCUUCAACAAUCCACUCACUGACGAUUACCAAUUGCGAUAGAAUCUUCUCGGCUUCGAUCGACGCCUUUCUGAAGUCCCAUGGUGGGCGUCUUCGUGAGCUUAAUUUGAAUCAUAAUCGGCACCUAGAUCUGCUGUGGAUGGGUGGUCUUGCGUCCCACUGCCCUAUUCUCGAAAAGCUGAAGUUCGAUGGAAACAUAUACGACGCAUCCCCUCACAAUGACACCUUACCUCACUUUGAUUCCUUAAUGGAAACUGACGUGGCGCCGACAUGGCCCCACACGCUGCGCGAAAUCGAAAUGACAUGCCUGCGAAAGCUAGACAGUGACUGUGCGGAUAUUUUCUUGACCAGUCUUGUCAAAGCUGCCACCCACCUAUGUGCUUUACGGCGCCUGUCUAUCAGCAUGAUCCUAGACAUGUCGUGGCGGGACCGGGCUAGCUUCCGUGAUGCCUGGGUACCUGACAUAAUACAAACAUUUCAACACGGGGACUUGGUUCCAAGAAGCCCGGAACCCUGCCCGUUUCCAGAGUCAUAUGAUGCGACGUCAUCGAAGCGCCAGAGCGCGCGUAUUGCACAGAUUGUGGACAAGCAGGAUGCAGAUGUGAACUCCUCUCUUGAUUCACCGGGUCGGGGCGGCCAAAUGCGAGGGCUUGGCAUGUGCGACGAAGUCUUCAUUCGCAUUGAUAACCAACGCCCUAGUGAAACGCAGUUCAACGAAAAUGAUUUUCUUGAUUCUGAAGCCAGUGGCGAUGAUGACUGGGAUGGAGAAGACUAUGAGGCCGGCAAUGGUUACGCGUGGUAG